AUGCCACUGCCUCUUGUUGAUCCGGAAAUACCAGUGGGUGUCGUGAGGAAAACUCAUCCCAGCUACGCCGGAUUCCAUCAUCUUAGCUGGUACGUUGGGAAUGCUCGCCAAGCGGCAACCUACUACGUGACCCGCUUUGGCUUUGAAGUUGUUGCCUACCGUGGCCCUGAAACUGGCUCUCCUCUUCUGUCAUCAUAUGUCGUGAAGAAUGGUGGUGCUUGUCUGUCUUUCACGGCGCCUUUAGUUGGACCAUAUAAACCAUGCGACAAACCGUCCAGUGAAGAGGACUGGCCGAAGGUCAAAGAAAUUCACGACCAUUUGACCAAGCAUGGUGAUGGUGUCAAGGAUAUCGCGUUCGAGGUUGAUGAUGUGCGCGGCAUUUGGGAACAUGCAGUUGCCAAUGGAGCUACGUCUGUCCAGCAACCUACGGAAGUUGCCGAAAUAAAGAAUGGCAAGAUUAUAAGUGCCACUAUCACCACCUUCGGCGAUACUACGCACACUUUUAUCAAUCGAAGCGGGUACCAGGGAUCGUUUUUACCAGGCUACAAGAAAGUUACCGAACAUGAUCCUGUCAAUGAUAUACUACCGAAGACCGCCUAUAUUGAAAUUGAUCAUUGCGUCGGCAACCAGCCGUGGAAUGGACUCGACCAAAUUGUGCAAUACUAUGAGAAUGCUCUCAACUUCCAUCGCUACUGGAGCGUGGAUGACAAGGAUAUGUGCUCUGAUUACUCUGCCAUGCGAUCCGUAGUUGUUGCCUCUCCCGAUAAUGUGGUCAAGAUGCCGUUAAAUGAACCUGCAGAAGGACUCAAGAAGUCGCAAAUUGAGGAGUUUGUCGACUACUACAACGGCGCUGGCUGCCAACACAUUGCUUUCCGCACCCACGACAUCAUCUCGGCAGUGAAAACUCUCAGCAGUCGCGGGGUCAGCUUCCUCUCUGUUCCACCAAGCUAUUAUACAGCGAUUAAAGAGAGAUUAGCCGCCAAAGGUGUGACCAUAGCCCAAGACAUCAAUUUGCUACAGAAGUACAAUAUUCUCGUUGACUUUGACGAGGGUGGUCAUCUUCUCCAGAUCUUUGCCAAACAUGUACUUGACCGUCCCACAGUUUUUACUGAAAUCAUUCAACGGGAAAAUUUCGAUGGUUUCGGGGCUGGUAACUUCAAAAGCCUCUUUGAGGCGUUCGAAAGAGAGCAAGAGCUAAGAGGCAACCUGUGA